AUGAUCACUCGCUUGAUCGAUGCAUGGGAUCCAGCUCAUUCCGGCGGCAUCUUCACAUAUGGCGGAGCGGGAUGUUAUCUCUACGGCAUCAAAUACGCACUCAAUUCAGUGAUGAGCAACCGAGACAUCCGCACAAACGGCCUCUACUCCACACGGGUAAACAUUAUCUGCUCUCAGCAGGGACAUUACGCCAGCAAGAUCACUGCAGACUGGCUCGGCCUUGGUACAGAAUCUGUCGUCGAGGUCGCAACCACAGAACCUUACAAUGAGAUGGACAUGGACGAUUUGGAGGCUCGCUUGCAGGCUUGCCAGAGGGACCACAUACCGGUCGUCUCCAUUGUAUGCACAAUGGGAACCACAGACGCUAUGGCAAUUGAUCCUGUUGACAAGGUGGCAGCACUCGUUGAAAAGUACCCUAACCCCCCCGGGUUUAACAAGCCCCUCAUUUAUUGCGAUUCCGUCUCCGGUUGGGCAUUCCUCUCCUUUCGCGGCUACGAUUUUGAAGCCAACCCCCUCCAGUUCUCGCAUGAUGUGAACAACGCUCUCCGUGUCACCUAUGAGAAAAUGUCAACGAUACAGCACGCAGAUGCAAUCGCUAUCGAUUUUCACAAGACAGGCUGGGCCCCGUACACAACCUCUUUGUUCAUGGUCCGCGAUUUCGCGCACUUUGAAAGCACUAUGAGUCGCACAAAGUCUGCCUACAUCCACAAUCGCACUCCAUACAAUCCGGGUUUGUACUCCUUAGAGGUAUCUCGCUCCGCUGCCCCAGCACUUGCAGCAUGGGCUACGCUAAAUUACUUUGGAUUGGCAGGCUUUCGUGUUAUUCUCGGAGGCGUCGUAGAGAUGUCGCGCUAUCUGCGCUCGAUCAUUAAAUCUGAACCAUCGAUCACGUGCUGCAAUGCGGCUGACUGCGGGCUGGUGACUGUGUUUCGCGUUUAUCCGGAGGGCAUCGAUGCGGAACGGCAAUAUGCAAAAGAGAUGUCCGAUGCAAGCGAGAAAACGCGCGCCGAGCUGGACCGCCAUAACGCAUUGCAAAAGGACCUCGCAGACCAAAUCUGGGAAUUUGUGAGAAGCGGGCAAAAAAUUGACGGAUUGUACGCCCCGUGCUGUAACUACUCUUCCGGGUUUCGCAAAACGCAGUAUCCCGAUGGUGACGUCAAAGUCACUCAAAGUGAGAUUUUCGCGUUAAAGUCUUUCCCUAUGAACGUUAAUGUGACAAAGGAACAUAUGGACCACUUGAUUCAAAUCCUUAAAGUUUUGACCAGGCGGGUGUGCACACGGUGA